UGCAGCUAAUCCUGGGUUGCUGCAUGGUGGCGCUCAGCUUUGGGGCGCUGUCGCUGAGCAGCUCCCCACAGGUGAAGAACUCGUGCCCGUUCUGGGCUGGCUCCUCGGUGAUACUCUCUGGAAUCAUAGGAUUAACAACUUGGAAACGGCCUAUGAUACUCCUGGUAAACCUCUUUGUGCUGCUUUCUGUGGUGUGUGUCCUCUUGAAUUUAGCUGGAUUUAUCCUAGGCUGCCAAGGGGCCCAGUUUGUGUCCAGCGUGCCCAGGUGUGAUCUGGUGGACUUAGGUGAAGGCAAGAUUUGCUUCUGUUGUGAAGAAUUUCAACCAACCAAAUGCACAGACAAAGAAAAUGCCUUGAAACUCUUCCCAGUUCAGCCUUGUAGUGCGGUUCACCUUCUACUUAAGAAAGUCCUUUUCGCCCUGUGUGCCUUGAAUGCCCUGACCACCACCGUCUGCUUGGUGGCAGCCGCCCUUCGCUACCUCCAGAUAUUUGCAGCCAGAAGAUCCUGCAGCGAUGAAUCCCAGAUUUCUGCUGAAGAAGUGGAAGAACACGGACGCAUCCCAGAUCCUGACGAUUUCGUGCCGCCAGUGCCCCCGCCUUCCUAUUUCGCCACAUUUUACUCGUGCACACCCCGGAUGAACCGCAGGAUGGUUGGUCCCGAUGUCAUUCCACUGCCGCAUAUCUACGGAGCACGAAUCAAGGGCGUGGAAGUGUUCUGUCCACUGGACCCCCCACCUCCCUAUGAAGCUGUGGUGAACCAGACCGACCAGGAGCAGGGAUCUUCAUUCCAAAUGCCAGAAGGAUCAGAAGCUGCCACGAGGCCUUUGGGAACAAUCUGCAUACCAGUGGCUCAAGGUGGGGACACCCCUAACACACCUGGAGAAGAAAACGCAUCCACUUCAACUCCCAACCCAAACCAGCUACAUCCCAUGAGAAGCGGAAGAGCCCUGCAGCCCCUGAGGACAAGAUCGAAGAGUGACCCUGUGCUCCACCAUUCCGUGGACAGAGCCACCCCUGUGCUCAGCUGUGAAGCUGCGACUCAGACUGAGGGAAGACCGGAUCUGGCUGCGGUGACCUUGAGGAGGGGUUUGAGAUCCAGAGCUUCACGAUGCAGACCGCGUUCUUUAGUAGAUUAUAAAUCUUACAUAGACACCAAGCUGCUGGUGGCGAAGUUCCUGGAGCAGUCCUCCUGCAGUAUGACCCCGGACAUCCACGAACUUGUAGAAAACAUUAAAUCCGUUUUGAAGUCUGAUGAGGAGCACAUGGAGGAAGCCAUCACAAGUGCCAGUUUCCUUGAACAGAUAAUGGCCCCAUUGCAGCCUAGCACUUCUGGGGUCCACGUGCUACCCUCGCGGAGACAGCCUGGCCUGCUGCACCUGCAGAGCUGUGGAGACCUGAGCACCUUCGUCUCGGCAGGGAGGCCGAGAGCCGAGAGGAGGCCCCGGCGAGUGGAGGCUGAGCGGCCACACAGCCUCAUCGGUGUCAUCCGAGAGACUGUCCUGUGAACCAGUGGGGCUAGGCUCCUGCAAUGACCUGCGGAGCAGGAAGGCAGAUGGGCCCCGGAAGGCAAAAGGCUGCUCCGAGGGGAAGGACCCUCUUUCUCACCUGGCUGGGAGUUGGGGCUUCCCUCUGGGAACUCCUCAGAAAGGGGGGCACUUCAGAGGACAUUUGUUCCUGCUCUUUGGCUCCCCUUUUUGCUGACUGAGGGUGUUCGAGGGUGAACGAGCAGGUUCUCCCAGGCUUGUUUAGUUGUGGGGCUCAUCAAGCUGGAGGCCAUGUGACAGCAGCAUCUCUCCUUCCUCUGCUGGGUCCCCUGCCCUGGUGUAGGCAGAAACGGGGCUCGUGAGUCUUUGCCGCUCUCCCCUCAUGGUGCUCUUCCUCACCGAGUGCUCUGUCACUGGAAGGACAGAUCUGCCGGGCUGCUAUUGACAGCUCCUGCAGCCUUGCACUGCUCAGUGAGAGAGGAAUUGGCACGGAAGCAGGACAACUAACCCUGACGUUCUGCAAUCGUUAAGCCUCAUCUUAGGUCACCCUGAAAUUACACUCUCUAGGGAAAACAGGAAACCUUUUCAGUGACAAAUUAUAAUGAAAGACGUUUAGGGAGAGUAUUCUUGUUGAUUCCAUUUAUUCAUGCUUGCAAAACUAGAGACGGCUGAGGCAGGACUGAGAAUAAAAAUGUUUACUUUGGA